AUGUCGUCGAGGGACUACGAUCAUUUGUUCAAACUCGUGCUGAUUGGCGACUCGGGCGUUGGCAAGUCCUGCCUCUUGCUGCGCUUUGCAGAUGACGCUUUUACGGAGAGUUACAUUACUACCAUUGGAGUGGACUUUAGGUUUCGCACGGUGAAGAUCGAUAAUAAGACGGUGAAGCUUCAGAUUUGGGAUACGGCUGGGCAAGAGCGAUUCCGAACGAUCACGAGCGCGUAUUACCGUGGAGCAGACGGAAUCAUCAUGGUCUACGAUGUCACCAGUCAGGAAUCGUUCGACCAUGUAAAUGACUGGCUGAAUGAAGUGAACAGAUAUGCCACUGAAGGCACGUGCAAGCUUCUUGUGGGUAACAAGAGUGACAUUAGCGACAACCGAGCAGUGUCGCACGAGACGGCCAAGGUGUUUGCAGACAGCCUGUCGAUCCCGUUUCUAGAAACAAGUGCUAAGAACGCACAGAAUGUAGAGGAAGCCUUUUUUACCAUGGCGUCAGAACUGAUCACGAUUCGCGAGAUGGUUGGUGGCUUGAGUCGGCCGGUUGGCACAAAGUUGACCCAGAACACGAAAGGAGGCGGCAGUUCCAACGGGUGCUCGUGCAACUAA